UUUCAUGUCUUCAUGACCAAUACUCAUUGAAUUUAGAGAACAAAGAGUCUCUUUCGCCUUUUAUUUCGCUCCCAUUAUCAACCAUGAAAGUGCACAAGAAAACGAAACUCCAUUUACCAUUAACUUCACCCCUUCUUCUUAUUCAAACACCCUAAUUACUCUUAAUAAUUUGUUAGUUAAUCAAUUAUAGCCAUGUCAAGCUCUACAGAGAAACCAUGCAGGACGGCCACCUCUUUGUACGUGACAAGGAGGCGCGUGGUUGAUUUUAUAGAAUCACAAGAUGUCAGAGGAGGUGCGUUGUCGAUACGAAACCAAGCGGCUUUCUUGCGCAAAAGGGUUCGAUACUUGCCGGAAUUAUUCCAACCGGGGAAGAUUCUUGGACGGUGGACGUUUUUAAGCUUGAUGACUUUCGCUUUCUUGACAAUGAUUUCCAAAGUUUCAUUAUUAAAUACUCUGCAAAAGUUGGAGAAGGCUCAUUUUAUUCAUCCUACUGUUAUGGUUAACACAACUCAUGUUAAAAAUGUCGUGAAGGAAAUAAAUUAUGAACAGUAUGAUCACAAGCAGACACCUCCACUUCCUUCAUCUCAGACGAUCAUACCGAAUCCAGAAAUUUGGAUGAAACCCAAUGGUGAUAACUUCUAUAAAUGCAUUGACCGAUCUAGAAGUGAAAAAAGGAUUACAAAUGCUACAAAUGGCUACCUUCUAGUUCAAGCAAAUGGUGGAUUGAAUCAAAUGAAAAUUGGGAUAAGUGAUAUGGUUGCAAUAGCAAAAAUUAUGAAUGCCACUUUAGUUAUUCCUUCAUUAGAUCACUCUUCUUUUUGGACAGAUCCAAGCGAUUUUAAAGAUAUUUUUGACUGGAAGCACUUUGUUGAAGUUUUGAAAGAUGAUAUUGAAAUUGUGGAGUCUCUUCCAAACGAAUUUGUCUCAGUAGAGCCAUUGCGAAAACCUCCAGUCUCUUGGUCUAAGCCAAGCUAUUACAGGAAGAAUAUUGUUUCCUUAUUAAAGGGGCAUAAGGUGAUUAAAUUUACACAUUCUGAUUCUCGCCUUGCUAACAAUGGAGUUGCUGCAUCCAUUCAAAGACUUCGAUGUCGCGCAAUGUACGAGGCAUUAAGAUUCACAAAAGAGAUUCAAGAGUUAGGAAGAAAAUUGAUCGAUAGACUUAGGAAUAAUGGUGACCCAUUUAUAGCUCUUCAUCUAAGGUAUGAAAAAGAUAUGCUUGCUUUCACAGGCUGUGUUCAUAAUCUUACAAAAACCGAAGGAAAAGAGUUAAGAAAAAUGAGGAUUAAAGUAAAACAUUGGAAGGAAAAGAAUAUUAAUGGUACACAAAAGAGACUUGAAGGGUUAUGCCCGAUGACCCCAAGAGAGGUUGCUGUAUUUCUUGAAGCAAUGGGAUAUCAUUACGGUACAAAGAUUUAUAUAGUUGCAGGAAAAAUUUAUGGGAAAGAUGGUAUUCAAGCACUUGAAGCUAAGUAUCCAAAUAUAUAUACUCAUUUCACUUUAGGGACAGAGGAAGAAUUAAAACCGUUUAAGAAUUGUCAGAAUCAACUUGCAGCUUUAGAUUAUAUUGUGGCAGUUGAAAGUAAUGUUUUUGUUUAUAGCUACGAUGGGAAUAUGGCUAAGGCAGUCACCGGCCAUAGAAGAUUUGAAGGCUUUCGAAAAACUAUAAUCCCUGACAAACAUAAUUUUGUCAAUUUGAUUGACCAAUUAGACAACGGUAUGAUGACUUGGAAAGAUUUUUCAUUACAAGUUAGAAAUUUACAUAGAAAUAGAAUUGGAGCACCUUUCCGCAGAUUGCCUGGAAAAUCCCCGAGACAGGAGGAAAAUUUUUAUGCAAAUCCUUUUCCUGGAUGUAUAUGUGACAAGUCAAGACCAAGUAUUUUACAGAUAAUAAACUUGAGAAGGUAGAGGUUUGGGGAUUCUGCAUUACGAUAACACUAACACCGGUGGAUCAUGCUGACUGUAGUGCUCUUCAUCAGACAAGUUUUGCUUUUAAGGUUAGAUUAUAAAAGAUGUUGUAAGCAUAUUAAAAGUGUAUUAUGAUCAGCCAAAAUACAUUAUAAAUGUAUAUUGAGAAUUGAGAGUCAAAAUUGUAUAUAAUUGAUUAUGAA